UGUGUGUGAAACUGAAGCUGCAUCGAAUAUGAAAACCUGUAAAUCCAGUCAUUUGGAUUCAAAGGUAGAUUCAGACAUCCAGUGCGGAAGUGGACCAGGCUGUGUUGUGAAGUGCAGUUCAGAAAGGAUGGAAAAUGCUGCAAAGAGAAGACUGGCUGCCAAUGCCAGGGAGAGAAGACGGAUGCAAGGACUGAACACAGCCUUUGAUCGUUUGAGAAAGGUGGUUCCACAGUGGGGUCAAGAUAAGAAGCUGUCCAAGUAUGAGACCCUUCAGAUGGCUUUGAGUUAUAUCAUGGCUCUUACUAGAAUACUUGCUGAAGCAGAAAGAUACAGUACGGAAAGAGAAUGGAUUAGCCUUCACUGUGAACACUUUCAUCCGGAGAGCUACCACCAUUACGCAGGACAAAAAAUGGCAAUGGACAGUGAUCCUUACACACAGCGAAUAUUCAGCUACCACCCUGAACACUUUCAAAUAGCUAAUUAGAACUUCUUACA